AUGGAAUUAUUCUCGGUGCCCAGCGGCGCGCCCGACCCGGGAGGCGGCGGCGGAGGCGCCGCGGCGGGGGGCGGCAGCAGCUGGGGCCCCCGGCGCGACCCCCUGUACGUGGUGGUGCCGGUGACGGCGGUGUACGCCGCCAUCUUCGUGUCGGGGCUGCUGGGCAACGUGGGCACGUGCGUGGUGAUCGCGCGCAACCGCCACCUGCACACCGCCACCAACUACUACCUCUUCUCGCUGGCCGUGUCCGACCUGCUGCUGCUGCUGGCCGGGCUGCCGCCCGAGGUGUACGGCAUCUGGUCGCGCUACCCCUACGUCUUCGGGGAGGCCUUCUGCGUGCUGCAGAGCUACGCGGCCGAGACCUCGGCCAACGCCACCGUGCUCACCAUCACCGCCUUCACCGUCGAGCGGUACGUCGCCAUCUGCCACCCCUUCCAGACGCACGCCAUUUCCCGGCUGUCGCGCGCCAUGCGCUUCGUGCUGUGCAUCUGGCUGCUGGCGCUGGGGCUGGCCGUGCCGCAGGCGUCGCAGUUCGGCGUGGUGCUGGAACGGCGCUCCGACGGCACUGUGCUGGACGCAGACCACACCAUGUGCUCGAUCAAGCGCGUGCUCAUCCCGCACGCCUUCCAGGUGUCCACCAUCGUCUUCUUCGUGGCGCCAAUGACGCUCAUCACAGUGCUGUACGUGCUCAUCGCUAUCAAACUCAGGCGAUCGCGGGUGCUGGGCGAGAUCUCAGUUGAAUGGUAA